AUGAGUUGUGGCGUUGUUGUUAGGCGAAAGGGUUGCCCUCUUCUAAUGCUGUUGAAGCUUCUGCUUCAGAUCUCGUUGACCACUGCUCACAGUUUGAACCACCUUGCAAAAUCAGUUGUGGUUACCUUUGAGCCGCCGAUGGUACAUGAUCUUGUUGAAGAUGGGAAUCGUACGGUUUCUGUUGCUUUGAAAAUUCCUCAAAACGAGUUCGCUUCCAUACCUGACUGGACCUACCAGAUGAGUAUAGGAUCGUUUCAUCCCGACAUUGCUUCGUCCCCUAGUCAUAUCGCAGUCAGAAAGUCAUCAUUUCAGUACGACAACGCUUCUAAUUAUUAUACAUUAAAUUCUGAGGUAAUAAUUCAUGGAGGGACUCUUGGAAAAACAGGAUUGCGCCUGCGUCUUGUACGUGCAGAAAACUGGGACGAGGUCGAUGAAUCGUGGAAGGUACCAGAAUUAUUGGAUGGCAGCAAAAUCAACGUGAUUGAUGUGUGGGUGAAGAGGAAUUUGCAAUCUGAGAGAUUAACACAUAUAUUCGUCGCAUCUGUCGUGAUACUUAUAACGUUUGCAAACGUACUGAUGGGAUGUGAGUUGGACAUGAACGCAGUGUUCAACACUAUCAAAAGACCAGUUGCACCUGCGAUUGGAUUCCUUGCCCAAUUCCUCAUAAUGCCUGUGCUUGCGUACGGAAUUGCGAAGUCAGUAUUCGUCUCGCGUGGGCUGUUCUCCAUGGCUUUGGGAGUCUUUAUCACUGGCUGCUCGCCUGGAGGUGGUGCGUCGAAUUUCUGGACGCUUCUUCUGGAUGGAAAUGUGAAUCUGUCAGUUACAAUGACAUUUGUAUCCACACUUGCCUCAUUAGUGAUGAUGCCUCUCUGGAUUUCAGUCUGCGGCAGAGAGUUCCUACAGGGAUUCUCUACAGAGUCGAAAAUACUCAUACCUUAUGCUAAAGUUACGCGCUCACUAGUUUCGCUAGUUCUUCCACUUCUCGUUGGAGUCGCCAUUAAGAAAUGGAAACCAGAAUGGGCAGCGAAGUCGCGCAAGAUUAUGCGUCCGUUCAUCAUAUUUGUGCUAAUAUUUGUGAUUGCAUUUGGAGCGAUUGCAAAUUGGUACAUGUUUCGCAUGAUGACAGUGCCAGCAUUGUUGGGUGGACUUCUACUUCCUUGGUGUGGAUUUAUGUUCGGAUGUUUUGCGUCAAUUCUUACUCGUCGUACCCCUCCCGAUGUGACAGCAAUCGCCAUAGAAACCGGGAUUCAGAACACGGGGAUCGCGAUCCUUGUACUGAAGGCCUCGUUUGCACAACCGGAUGCGGAUAUUGGAGCAGUAAUUCCCGUGAUUGUUGCAUGUUUUACACCUGGACCACUUUUACUUGGGGCGGCUGUGCAUAUGACUUUCAAAGCGUUGAAGAACCGUUCAACAAACGUUACUGAGGGGAAGUUGCCUCCAGUUGCACUCGAGAUGGGGGGUGGAGGACCGUCAUCUCAGGCUUUACUUGAUACCACCAAUCUGGAAACAAAAAUGGAUAAAGAAGCUGGAACUAGUGCAGUCACCGAAUCAGCUUGA